GUUGGUCGGUUAUCAUAAUACAUCAUCUAUCUUUCUAUCUUCUCUGCACUCAUUUCAUGAUUCUUCUUCACUACUAGUCUUUUUUUAUUUAUUUAUAUAUUCUUCCGCUCCUUAUCUUUCUGAUCACAAACCCUACUUUCACACCAUUCUCUCCCAUACUCUCUCUGCACCUUCCUUUUCUCUUUGUCACACCAUCAUAGUAUGGACAUGAUCUCAAUGAUGAUGCAAAUGGAAAAGUUUCCUGAUAAUUUCUCUGAACCUUCCUCUUACCAAGAAAUAAUCCAUGGAACUUCCAAUACCAAUACUGUUCCAUUAUUUAACUUCUCUCCACAAACUUUUACUACUGAUCCAUUUCUACACUCUAAUGUCAGUUUCAACAACACUAUCCAAGUACCAUCUUCUCAUUAUAACCCUAAUUCUUCUGAUAAGAAGAACUCCAUGGCGGCCAUGAGAGAAAUGAUAUUCAGAAUAGCAGUGAUGCAACCGGUGCAUAUCGAUCCGGAGUCAAUUAGGCCACCGAAGAGAAGGAACGUGAAGAUAUCGAAGGAUCCGCAGAGCGUAGCGGCGAGGCAUAGAAGGGAAAGGAUAAGUGAAAGGAUAAGGAUACUGCAGAGAUUAGUACCUGGUGGAACAAAAAUGGACACUGCUUCUAUGUUGGAUGAAGCUAUACAUUAUGUGAAGUUUUUGAAGAAACAGGUUCAGAGUUUGGAACAAGCUGGGGCUAAUAAUAGAUCAUCACACAUUGGUGCUGGUGCUGGUGCUGGUGGUGUUAUGAAUAAUUUUAAUGUAAUGAAUUAUUCUUCUGCUUUGAUGAUGAAGGGUUGUCAACCUUUUCAAAUGGUAGGGUCUACUUCUAAACAAUUGCUUAGCUAGUAUUAAGAUAUUAAUUUGCUUAAUUUGGAGCAUGGUUUCUCCAUGUUUGUGAUUGUAAUUUUCUAAUGAAUGAAGGAAUGUUAGUUGAACCAAAUGAAAUAAAAAAGAUCACAAAAUGUUAGAAGAAUAAUUAUGGUUUAAAUUUAAGUGCUUAAAAUAUAUAUAAAUCUGUUUA